AAGUAUUGUUACUGGUAUUUAUACCUUAUAAUAUGUGUGUGGCAAUACAAUAUUACAAUGAGUAUAAAACAUGCGUGAAGUCAAAUCAAGUAAUCACACUUCAAGUGAAGACGGUAUUGGGAACUAGCAAUUUUACUUUAUCAUGAAACUGUUUUUGGUUCUUGCUUGUGUAGCAUUAGCUACAGCAGCCCCAAAACAUCAACUCGUCCGCCGAUCAGAGCCUGACGGUAAAAAUGUAGAAAUAUUACGAUAUGACAACGAAAACGAUGGACUUGGCUCCUAUAAAUUUGGUUUUGAAUUAAGCGAUCAAACUAAGCGAGAAGAACAGGGGGAACUGAAAAAUGCUGGUAGCGAAAAUGAGUUUAUUGCUGUCAAGGGUUCAUACAGCUGGGUCGAUCAGGACGGACAAUUGUACACAGUCAACUAUGUGGCUGACGAAAACGGUUUUCAACCAACCAUUGAGCAAUCAAAAGGCGGAGCCAUACCGUCAGCUGUUCUAGCGGCUUUUACUGGAUAAAACACCACUAUGAAAUGACUAAAAUACACGUUUUAAAGUUG